CUUCCACCGACCACCAACCUCAUCAAAUCCACCUAACUACCACCAACAACCCCAUCUUGCACCUUUAAACGCGCUCACAAGACAAUCCACCACCCAGCAUGCCCCCCCAACCCCUCCUCGACCACAUCGUCCUCCUCGUCUUGCACCCCACCCUCGACUCCCUCCCCGCCCGCCUCACUGAAACCUUCCACCUCGCCCCCGGCGGCACCCACGCCGACGGCCUGACCACCAACAAGCUCAUUUUGCUGCAGGACGGGGUGUACCUCGAGCUGAUCGCCUUCGUCGACGGCAUCGAUCCCGAAACGCGCCGGUCGCACCGCUGGGGCACCCGGCCCGAAAACACGGUCAUCGAUUGGGCGCUCACGCUGGACUCGGGCAAGGAGUUCGGGGCGGUGCAGCGGCGGGUGGAGGGCAGACGGCCCGUGACGGGGAUUGCGUAUACAGAUCCUGUGGCUGGUGGGAGGGUGAGGGAGGGGGAUGGGGUGCGGUUGGAGUGGGAGAUCAGUUCUGCGGUUGUUUCUGCGGUUGAUGGGGAUGAAGGGAAGGUUGGGGUGGGACGGUUGCCGUUUUGGUGUUUGGAUACGACGCCUAGGGCGUGGCGGGUUCCGUAUGAGGAUGAGGGUGAAGGGCUGACCAGGCAUCCUUCGGGCGUGACGGGGGUGACGGGGGUGACUGUUGUUGUGCCUGAGGGCGAGAGGGAGAGGUUGAGCGAGGUGUAUACUGCGGUUUUGGGGGAGGAGGAAGGGUCUGGGUCUGAGGCUUUGUGGGGGGUGGAUGUUCCGUCUGAAGAGGCCCGAGGAAGACGUAAGGUGAGAUUGGUGGGGAGUGAGAAUGCGGAGGAGCGGGGGAUUCGGUUGGCGUUGAAGGGAGAGAGAGCGGGGAGCGUGGAGUUGGUGCCUGGGCUUGUGGUUGAGAUCGAGGAGUAGGAUGUGUGGAUAGUGGCGAUUGCUAGGCUUCAAGGGUGAAUUGUGCAUGUAUACAGGAAUGGGCUACAAUGGUUGACUCGGACUCAGCUAGGCUGUAGCCUCAUCUAGCGAAAGACUCUGUCGUCUGCGAG